UCCCCUCUCUAAAAGACACAGCGAGAGGAGACACGUGACGCGCUGGCUUCGGCUCCUGACAGUCGCUGGCAGUGCUCGGCAAGAAAACAGAUUGCACCUUUCUCUCUCAAAAUUAUUUUAAAAGGCGGGUUUCCCCCUUGCUCUUUCGGCCCAAAGUGAGGAAUUUUAUAGAUGACACAGGCGGAUAUUUUUGAGGAGAUAUAUCUCCUUUAGCUUUUUCUUUUCAAAAGAUAUUAAAAUAAUAACAAUAAUUGUCUCCGUUUUGACGUUAUUAACGGCUUUUGGGGAGAGGCGUUUCAUUUAUUCUCUUCUUCAUCUUCGUCAUCUCCCCCUAUCAGUGAUGCAGUGAUUCUAGCACCACAUCAAAGUAGAAUCUGUGAAGAAGGCUCCUUCUCGAGGUGGAUGGGGCGAAGAACGCGGAAUGGUGGUUUUCUAGAGAUUGCCGGUUAUAAUGUUGAAAAGGUUGUGAACGUCAGGACCAGCGAUCCGAGGCUGACCCCCGAACAGAACAGCAAUGACUCCUGACGCAGAAUUCAACAGGAGGUCCCAAAUCUGAGGAUUGGAGCAGCCAGUCCGUCUUUUCCGCUGGUGAACCUGCUGGCAUUUCCACUUUGACUGACAUAUAGAGAAGGGGAGCCUCAAAAUAAUUCGACACAAGGGAGAAAAAAUCAGUGAUGGAUACUCUCACCAACAUAGGCCUAUAUAUUUUUCGUAAUUGCACGGAUGGAUUAUAAAGAGUCAAGGAAAGGGGAAGAAAUAUAGUCUAUUGCGGAGAGAGGGAACAACCCCAUUUAAGGUUUUCAUAUGUUAAUUUGUUAAGGACACUGGCCUCGUUUUGAAGGUGCAUGCAUCCACAGAACAUUCCCACGCAUAAUGUGUUUGGGAUGGGCAACUAGCAGACGUGACCACUGCUGCAAGAAUGCAAACAAAAUAUUUUAGUCAGAGGGUUUACGACGCGUCAGUGCCAGUCAUUCUAUUUGCAUAAUCAGACAGGGGAUACAUUUUUAAAUUAGUAUACCUUAAAUUAUCAGAUUCUUUCAUGAAAACACUCGUUCCCUCGGUUUUCACCCGUCUUUACAACAUGGGUCUGGCGAUCCGGAAUGGCGCCCACUUAAUCGGGGUUGGCCUGCUCCUGUGUUGCCUAGUUGACCUAGGUUCUGGUUUGGAAUUCACGGGGGCGGAGGGACAGUGGGCUAGGUUCCCUGUGUGGAAUGCCUGCUGUGAGAGCGAAAUGAGCUUUAACAUGAAAACGAAAAGCGCACAUGGUCUCCUGGUCUAUUUCGACGAUGAGGGUUUCUGCGACUUCUUAGAGCUGCUUAUCCACAACGGUAGACUCAGCCUUCGGUUCUCCAUCUUCUGCGCUGAGCCUGCCACGGUGCUGUCCGACACAGCCGUCAACGACAGCCAUUGGCACUCGGUCGCUAUACGGAGAAAUUUCAAAAACACCACCCUGGUGGUGGACAAAGAGAUUAAAUGGGUAGAGGUGAAAUCAAAGAGAAGGGACAUGACCGUCUUUAGUCAUUUGUUUUUAGGCGGAAUACCGCCCGAACUUCGAUCAGUGGCACUACGGCUUACUUCGGAUACAGUUAAGGACCAAGUUCCCUACGUGGGUUGGAUAACGGACCUUCUAGUGAACAGUUCUGUCCCGGUGCUCUUGAGCAGUGAAGGAGUCAAAAACGAUCUUUGCGGAGCAGAAAACAUGUGUUUGAAUGGAGGAGUGUGCAGCGUUAUCAACGAGGAGGCCAUAUGCGACUGCUCGCAGACUGGAUACCAGGGCAAGGACUGCAGCGAGGAAGACUUCUACGUCGGAGGUCUGGCGCACCUGAUGAUGGGCGAUCAAGGGAAAGAAGAAUAUGUAGCAACCUUCAAAGGCUCAGAGUACUUCUGCUACGACCUGUCGUUGAACCCGAUCCAGAGCAGCAGCGAUGAAAUCACGCUGUCGUUCAAAACGCUGCAGAGAAACGGACUGAUGCUGCACACGGGGAAAUCGGCCGACUACGUCAACCUGGCGCUGAAAAACGGAGCAGUGUCGCUGGUCAUUAAUCUGGGGUCCGGGGCGUUUGAAGCUCUGGUGGAGCCGGUCAAUGGGAAGUUUAAUGACAAUGAUUGGCAUGAUGUCAAAGUAACCAGGAAUCUCCGUCAGCACUCAGGCAUUGGACACGCUAUGGUAACAAUAUCCGUGGAUGGAAUUCUGACCACCACAGGAUAUACACAAGAGGACUACACCAUGCUAGGGUCUGAUGACUUUUUCUAUGUCGGAGGCAGCCCUAGCACGGCCGACCUGCCAGGAUCGCCCGUUAGCAACAACUUUAUGGGCUGCCUGAAGGAGGUUGUGUAUAAGAACAACGAUGUGCGGCUGGAGCUGUCCCGGCUGGCUAAGCAGGGAGACGUGAAAAUGAAGGUGCACGGGAUGGUGGCCUUCAAGUGCGAGAAUGUCGCAACCCUGGACCCCAUCACCUUCGAGACGCCCGAGUCCUACAUCACACUCAGCAAGUGGAACGCCAAGAAGACCGGCUCCAUCUCUUUCGACUUCCGCACCACUGAACCCAACGGCUUGCUCCUCUUCAGCCACGGCAAACCCAAGCAACAGAAGGACUCCAAGGGCCCACAGAUUCUCAAGGUGGACUUCUUUGCCAUCGAGAUGCUGGACGGGCACCUCUACCUCCUGCUGGACAUGGGCUCCGGCACCACCAAGACCCGGGCCGUGAACCGGAAGGUCAAUGAUGGGGAGUGGUACCACGUGGACUUCCAGAGGGACGGGAGAUCAGGUACCAUCUCCAUCAACACAGUCCGAACCGCGUACACGGCACCGGGCGACAGCGAGAUCCUGGACCUGGACGACAACCUGUACCUGGGGGGUCUGCCAGAGGACAAGGCGGGGCUGGUGUUCCCCACGGAGGUGUGGACGGCGCUGCUCAACUACGGCUACGUGGGCUGCGUGCGCGACCUGUUCGUCGAUGGCCAGAGCAAGGACGUGCGCCGCCUGGCCGAGGCCCAGAAGGCCACGGGGGUCAAGCCGUCCUGCUCCAAGGAGCCGCCCAAACAGUGCCUCAGCAACCCCUGCCAGAACACCGGCGUGUGCCGGGAGGGCUGGAACCGCUACGUCUGCGACUGCUCCGGCACCGGGUACCUGGGACGCUCCUGUGAGAGAGAUGCCACCAUCCUGAGCUUUGACGGCAGCAAGUUCAUGAAGAUCCAGUUGCCGGUGGCGAUGCACACGGAGGCCGAGGACGUGUCCCUCAGGUUCCGCUCCCAGCGGGCGUACGGGGUCCUGAUGGCCACCACGUCCCGGGACUCGGCCGACACCCUGCGGCUGGAGCUGGACGCCGGGCGCGUCCGGCUCACUGUCAAUCUAGACUGUAUCAGGAUUAACUGUACAUCCAGUAAGGGGCCAGAGACCAUUUUCGCUGGCCACGGUCUGAAUGAUAACGAGUGGCACACGGUUCGAGUGGUCAGGAGGGGGAAGAGCUUGAAGCUGAUGGUCGACGAGCUGCAGCCCGUGGAAGGUCAAAUGGCAGGCGACCACACCCAGCUGGAGUUCCACAAUGUGGAGACGGGCAUCGUGACAGAGAAGCGGCACAUUCCUGGCGUGCCAUCCAACUUCAUCGGCCACCUCCAGAGCCUGUCCUUCAAUGGCAUGACCUACAUUGACCUCUGCAAAAACGGUGAUAUCGACUACUGCGAGCUCAACGCCAUGAUCGGCUUCAAGAACAUCAUCGCCGACCCCGUGACCUUCAAAUCCCGCUCCAGCUACGUCACCCUGGCCACCCUGCAGGCCUAUUACUCCAUGCACCUUUUCUUCCAGUUUAAGACCACCUCUUCUGAUGGCCUUGUCCUCUUCAACAGUGGCGAUGGCAACGACUUCAUCGUGGUGGAGCUGGUCAAGGGGUAUUUGCAUUAUGUGUCAGACCUGGGAAAUGGUGCACACCUGAUCAAAGGAAACUCCAACAAACCACUCAAUGACAACCACUGGCACAAUGUGAUGAUCUCACGCGACACCAACAAUCUGCACACCGUCAAAAUUGACACCAAAGUCACCACCCAGACCACCAUGGGAGCCAAGAACUUGGACCUGAAAGGCAACCUUUACGUCGGAGGCCUCGCCAGGGACAUGUACAAGGAACUGCCCAAGCUGGUCCACGCCAAGGAGGGCUUCCAGGGCUGCCUGGCCUCCAUGGACCUGAAUGGCCGCCUCCCGGACCUGCUGCUGGACGCCAUCAACUUGGUGGGCCAGAUUGAGAGGGGCUGCGAAGGGCCUAGCACUACCUGUCAGGAGGAUUCCUGCUCCAAUCAGGGCGUGUGCCUGCAGCAGUGGGAGGGCUUCAGCUGUGACUGCAGUAUGACAUCGUUUGGAGGGCCCCUUUGCAACGACGCGGGGACGACGUACAUAUUCGGCCGCGACGGCGGGAUGAUCGUGUACACGUGGCCGCCGAACGACCGGCCGAGCACGCGGGCGGACCGGCUGGCCAUCGGGUUCAGCACGCAGCAGAAGGACGCCGUGCUGGUGCGGGUGGACAGCUCUUCCGGGCUCGGAGACUACCUGGAGCUCCACAUCGAGAAGGGAAACAUUGGAGUCGUGUUCAACGUGGGGACGGACGACAUUAACAUCGAAGAGACCGCAAAGUUUGUAAAUGACGGAAAGUACCAUAUCGUGAGAUUUACGAGGAGUGGUGGUAAUGCCACGCUACAGGUGGACGACCUGCCUGUCAUUGAGCGAUACCCCGCAGGCAACAAUGAUAACGAACGCCUGGCGAUUGCUAGACAGCGAAUCCCAUAUCGGAUUGGUCGAGUAGUUGACGAAUGGCUACUCGACAAAGGGCGCCAGCUCACUAUCUUCAACAGUCAAACCACCAUUAAAAUCGGGGGCAAGGACCGCACCCGCCCCUUCCAGGGCCAGCUGUCCGGCCUCUACUACAAUGGGCUGAAGGUGCUCAACAUGGCCGUGGAGGGGGACCCCAAUGUCCGGGUGGAAGGCAGCGUCCGCCUGGUGGGCGACCCGCCCUCGUCCAUCACCCCUCACUCCAGCGCCACCGCCAACCGCUCCGAGACGUCCACCUCCAUCACCGAGAUCACCACCACCACCGCCUCCAACCGCCGCACCAAGCAGCCUGGCCCCCGGGAACCUCAGCAGCCUACAGAUGACCUGCUGGUGGCCUCGGCUGAGUGUCCUACUGACGACGAGGACAUCGAUCCCUGUGAGACCAGUUCAGGUGGGUUAGCGAACUCCCCGGGCCCUGGAGGGAAGGCGUACCCAGGACCCUCGGAGGUGAUCCGGGAGUCCAGCAGCACCACGGGCAUGGUGGUGGGCAUCGUGGCGGCCGCCGCCCUCUGCAUCCUCAUCCUCCUCUACGCCAUGUACAAGUACCGCAACCGCGACGAGGGCUCCUACCACGUGGACGAGAGCCGCAACUACAUCAGCAACUCGGCCCAGUCCAAUGGCGCCGUGGUGAAGGAGAAGCAGUCCAACAGCGCCAAGAUCUCCAGCAAGAACAAGAAGAACAAGGACAAGGAGUACUAUGUCUGAUCCUCGUCUUUCUCCAGCCGGCACCAGGCCCCCGCAACGGGAAACGGAGCCAGCAACGGGGUCGGAGGGCGGGGACAGAUCCGUUUGUGUAUAGUCGUAAAAAAAAAAAUUUAAAAAUAAAAAUCAGACACGAUAUACUCUUAACAAAAAAAAUGGACAUUUUCAUACUUUAUACUCAAGCACAUUGGACCAGAUGAGAUGUAAUCGAAGCAACUGUACAGUGUGGGGGAAAAGUGUGGGGGAUGAAAAAAGCAACAAAAAAACAGCAGAGCAGAGAGAUGCUGAAAUCGCAUACUUACAAUGUAUAGAAUUUCCAGUCCACUCAGCUAAACAAAAACCGUGCGGUGAGCAAGACGAUUCCCUCUCUCGUUUCUGGGAAACGGGGGACAAUAACUAGCCAGAGGUUGGCGGCGUGUGUUGGAAAGGGCGAGGGUGGAGAGCGAGACUUUGAGCAGGUGGAGGGGUGGGAGGGGUUUGGGGGGGUGGGGGGACUGGGAGGCUGAAGACAAGCUGUCAGUGUUUUUAUUUACAUUGCCUGUGUUUGUAUUGCUGGACCAUUUUCUAAAAAAAAAAAAAAACUGAAAGAAGAGAACCUGAGCGAGUGUAGAAAUGAAAAA